UCCGGCUGCUGUUGUCGGUCGAUAGGUUGGUUAACUAGUUAGCUGUUCGCAAACACGGUCAACGGUAAUAACACAAGCAAAUACAAUCAGCCGAUGAUACACAUAGAUGAAACGACAGGUUUGGUCUGAAGUGCAAAGUGUAUCGCGAGUGUUCUAGUAGGAAUUAGUUUUGUGCUUAUCAUAGUACUCACAUAAACCAAUCCUUUAGCUACAAGCGAAGUACGCUGUGUGCAGGGUAAGUAAAUCGCAUUCUGUUGGUUCCGCCAUGUUCUUGGCCCCACGGAGAAACGUCCUGGCCAUCGUGCUGCUGGUCGGAAGCUUUUUGGCCUGCGUAUCCGCUGAACAACAUGCUCUAGCAAGUUUGACGAAGCCGUCGCAGAAGAUGGAGGCUACCAAAAAACCAGUAGCUCCGAAGAAGAAUGUAUCUCCAAAAACUAAUCUUUCUAAUAAGGAGUUGUCCACUACCUCCAUAUCUCCCUCUUCGGAUGCACAGUCCUCCGAAAGUUCCAGCGAUCUGGUCAGCCAUUCUUCUCAAAAUUCAGACCCAUCUGAGCAAUCUUCAGCAGCAACUCGGUUGUCGAACCAAAAUACCGAUACUCCGCCUUCUGUAGAUACUUCUUCUAAACGACCACCAUCAGGACAAGGUCAAGAUGCUGAAACUGGUGCUGCCUUUAGCACUGACGAGGUAACAAUGCCAUCUGUGUACAGCAUACCAUCAGACUACACAAAUCAAACGGACGAAGCUCACGAAUACUAUAGUUCAUCUAUAGUGACAGACCCGGUGCGUGCUGACACGCUCUGGAUAGAUUUGGAUAGGCUUUCAGAUACCGUUACACACGAUAUGCUGAGUGAGAGCUAUCGCCGGGCAGCGACAGUCAACCUGACAUUCCUGUUUCCGUUCUACGGCCACCCCAUCAACAAUGUAACAAUAGCUACAGGAGGCUUUCUUUACGUUGGCUACGCUCUGCACCUCUGGCUGGCAGCUACACAGUAUAUUGCACCGUUAAUGGCAAACUUUAAAGCAUCUGUCAACUCAUCCGCUUCAGCUCUAAAAUAUCACGACAACGGAACGAUGUUUGUAGUGGAGUGGCGAAAUGUCCACCUGGAUGAUAAACCGGAAGCCGGGAAUUUUACCUUCCAAGCAAUUCUACAUGACAACGGUGAUAUCUUUUUUGUUUACCGUGAGAUUCCUAUUGCUAUUUCGGAGAUAGCUGAGAAAAAUCAUCCCGUUAAAGUCGGAAUUUCUGACGCAUACCUCUUCAAUAGCGUUGUGUCUCCUCUGAAGCGGAAAACAAUUUACGAAUACCAUUCGAUUAACAAAAAAUCAGAUCUGCUGCGUUCGCACACGGCUAUAGUAAUGAGUGCGCUGCCCACCUGCGUGUCUUUGAAGACAUGCGAGGAAUGUACUACUGCUCAGAUCAACUUUAACUGCACGUGGUGCGACGCUGUCAGACGCUGUUCUUCAGGUGUCGAUCGACAUCGCCAAAGCUGGAUCAACAACAAAUGCAAAGAAAAUGCCAUGAUACACAAAGACCAGUGUCGUAUGGAAGCAGUAAACGCACUUGCGGUUGGGGGAGCGGCAGCAGCGGCCUCCAGUGAUGGUAGUAACAGCAGUAGUGACGCAGGAGGCCUUUUAGCACUGCUUGUUCUUGUCGUACUCAUCUUGGCGCUUGUCGGCUGGUUGAUUUACGCGUAUCACAACCCUAGGUCAGCCAGUGGGCAGCUCCUAAUUAAGUAUCGACCUUCACAAUGGAAACGCCACGGGGAAGCCCGGUACAUUGCAGCUGGUUCGUUGCAUAUGUGAAGAAAAAACAAUAAUGAAGAGUGGCGCUCUUUCUGAGCUUGAUAGGUAGUGGCGAAAUGAAACACGGAAAGGUCUGCCAGGAUAUUUAACUUGCGUUUUUACUAGAGGAGCAACAGUUGUACUUUAGCAAAGAUAAUUAGAUGGACCAGAUGUAACAGUAGCAGCAAAUAUUGAUCGUACCACAGAUGAUACGAUCCAACAAAAUACCUUUUCUCUAUCACCUUUAUGAUAACACAUGGUGCAACCUGGCUUGUAAAGUGGCUUAUGAUAAAUCAUACAGUUCAUAAUUCAUACACACCUAUCGCGGCGCGUCCUAAUAUAUUUAGUUGUUUUCCUACGCGAUAACGCUCAUAACCUCUUUUUUACGAAUUACCGUAUCAAUAACCUGUAACUGGCAAUAAUACAUAGUCGAGAAGUUGACAGCAAUGAACAAUCUUCAUUGAGCCAUUUAUACAUCUAGCGCGCAGUCCACAGUGUAACUCUGCAUACAUCAGUCAAAAGGAGUCUGUUAAUCCUUGACCAAAUCGACGCAGUAACUAAUAUCCGUAUCAGUCCUGCUUGUUGUAGAAUAUAAGGCUGGACCUGUACAUGUGCACUAUGGUAGAUAGUACUCAUAGUUUGGAUCGUCGUAGGAUUUUCACUAUAUCACUAUAUUACUAAACUACUGAUGCACGCAAUGAUGGUUAUAAUUGAAGGUUCAAGUUAAAGAAAAUAUUAGGUGGAUCUAACGGAGAGGCUUUAGCCCGCACAGAUCGAAAAGACUUUUUUGUUUGAAUUUCGGUAUGUAACAUCCUUUAUUGUCCUGUUUUCCCUAAAUAUACACAUAGGACUAAGAUAAUUACCUCAAGUGACUGGAUAUUCAAUAUAAUGACUAAACAGCCAAGGCUGGUAUAAUUGAUGAGAAGAUUAAAAAGAACGAAGUUAUUUAAACAUAAAUAGGCACGUCUUUUGCUUUGGAGCGCAUUAAGUCUAUUUGGUUGAAGGCAAAUAAAAACGACUUGCGAAGCUGGUCAAGUGUCGGCAUGUACACAACUUUUCUAGCAAAUAUAAACACAGAAUUUAUUAAAACAAAUAUAAACCUAAUUACUCUUAAAUUCGUGUCAGAACAAAUCAAGAAGCGUAAAAACGUAAAAAGGGAAGCUAUUGAUAUUAUAAGUGAUAUUUAUGCAUUAAGCAUUGGUUUCAGGUUGUUUUAUUUGGUCUUGAAAAUCGCUGCCAUCCAUAUUAAUAUUGGUUACAAUUGUAUUAAUUGUCUAAAGUAUCACUAGGCUUAAGAUAAUGCUCCAUUGCGUAACUUUACGUAAAUUGGAUGUUAGCUCUGCAGUUUUAGAAAGUUUAAACAUCUCUCGGUACCAGAAACAUAAUCGGAUGGCCCUUACCAAUAAUGCGGCUGCGACUCUUUUUGGCCGUGCUUGUAUUACUUAGAUAGCUUAAUAGCUUAUAUUGUUAACUGAAACAAAUGUUUCUUUUUGUCAAGUUUUUUUUUUUUUAAAUCUUUUGAAGCUCAAGGUUUUCGCAAAUUUAUGAAUUAGAAAAACUGAAGAGUAAAAGCUGUCCUAUAAUAUUUCUUUCUGAAAUUCAUGGGCUCAUCUGGUAUAAAAAGCGCUUAAGGCUUGUGGGUAUUUUAAAACACUGAUUUUUUUUAAAUUGUCCUGUAGCAUAAUUUUUUGCACUACAAUGAAUUCCACACAGACUAAUGCUUGGCAUUGUAUUCCAGAAAGCAGUAUAAGUAAUGACAUUGUAAUUUCACUUUACUAUUCCCAAAAUAAAUUCCAGUCUCCGUUCCCCAUAUCUUCUGCACACAUUGCGACAUGGUUGCAGUCAAUUGACUGCGACCGAUCCUGAGGCCACGUAGUAUUUACUUAACGUUUCACGGUCACGCUGUUUUUGAAUAUACAAUGGAAAAUCGAAGCUUGAGCCAUAAUAAGUUAUUCAACUCUGCCUACAUAGACAAGCCAAUCAAUAUACUUGUCAAAAGCAGAAGCCUACAUUAUAUCCAUUCCAGGGAGGAAUAAAUGUAUGGACAUCUACGGACAUACGCACGAAGCGCAUAAGGUCCAAGCAGAUGCAAUAAGCCUUUUGUACCAUUUACUAAGUGGUCUUUUACUCACCUCCAAAAAUAGAAAGUUACGACUAAAAUAGUAGAAUUUUUAAUAAUGUCUCAUAAACAUCCGUACCAUAAUACAAAUAAAUUUCUGUUUGAACCCUGCCUCUACGCAUGUUAAGACGUAACACUAUAAAAAUGUUGCGCGCGGGUUCUCGUCUUUAUAAGGCGACGUGUAUGUAGUAACAAUCUUAGAUAACAACAUACCAAUCUAACCUUGCAAAGUCGGGAUUACUCUCUCGCCGUGCCUUCUAUAUAUAUAUAUAUGUCACCUAUAUUGGUAUGUAGAUAAGAAGUAGAAUAACUUGUUGACGUGUAACUACAGUAUAUAUCAAACUAUCUUGUGAUAAUACUUGAUUAAAGAAGUAAUUAUAAUAAUUCACCACUUCGUUAUGUGUAUUCACUUCCCAUCAAAUAUAG